AUGGCUACGGAGGAUGUGAAGAGUAACACCUCCCAAUCCGCGGUUUCAACGAUCGUGAAUCUAGCCGAGGAAGCGAAGCUCGCCAGAGAAGGUGUUAAGGCUCCUAGCUAUGCUAUUCUUAGCAUCUGCAAGUCUCUCGUUGCAGGCGGCGUCGCUGGCGGAGUGUCACGAACUGCCGUUGCUCCUUUGGAACGUUUAAAAAUAUUACUUCAGGUUCAAAAUCCACGUAAUAUAAAAUACAAUGGAACAAUUCAAGGCUUGAAGUACAUUUGGAAAACGGAAGGUUUUGGCGGACUAUUCAAAGGCAACGGUGCUAAUUGUGCACGCAUUGUUCCAAACUCUGCGGUCAAGUUCUUCAGCUACGAGCGAGCUUCAAAGGGAAUCCUGUAUCUAUAUCAACAGCGAACUGACAAUGAAGAUGCUCAACUCACUCCUCUUUUACGCCUUGGAGCUGGAGCAUGUGCUGGGAUAAUUGCCAUGUCUGCAACUUACCCAAUGGACAUGGUACGGGGGAGGCUCACUGUACAGACAGAGAGUUCUCCUUAUCAGUAUAGAGGAAUAUUCCAUGCUCUGUCAACUGUAUUGCGGCAAGAAGGCCCACGGGCAUUGUACAAGGGUUGGCUUCCUUCAGUCAUUGGAGUGAUACCAUAUGUAGGUCUGAACUUUGCUGUGUAUGAAUCUCUAAAAGAUUGGUUAAUUAAAAGCAAACCAGUUGGAUUGGUUGAAGACUCUGAGCUGAGUGUAACGACCAGGCUUGCUUGUGGGGCUGCGGCUGGAACUGUUGGGCAAACUGUUGCUUACCCUCUUGAUGUGAUUCGCAGGAGAAUGCAAAUGGUAGGAUGGAAAGAUGCUGCCUCAGUUGUCAAUGGUGCUGGGAGGAACAAGGCCCCUCUUGAGUAUACUGGCAUGAUCGAUGCAUUCAGGAAAACUGUUAAGCAUGAAGGUUUUGGAGCAUUAUACAAGGGUCUGGUCCCAAAUUCUGUGAAGGUUGUACCAUCAAUAGCUAUUGCGUUCGUGACAUACGAGGUUGUGAAGGACAUUUUAGGAGUUGAGAUUAGAAUAUCAGACUGAACUGGGUCCAAUUCAACUAAAUGUUUAUGGAAUGUGUGCUAUUCUUGUCGGCAAGGGGAUAGAGAGAAAGGUAAACUAGGGAUGGUCUUUUAAACAUUUUUUACGAGCCUCUCCAUAAUUUCUUCCCUCAUUCAUGUGCGUUGUCAACAAGGAU